AUGAGAAAUGUUUCUAUGGAUUGUGAAAGUAUUGUCAAAAGGGUUUUUGAUGGUCGCGAUUUCAGCAGGGGAAAUAAUUUGAAACGGCAGAUUGCGUUUAUCAGAAAUGUCUAUACGGUAUUGAAAUGACUAUGAGAUCAGAAGAUUUUUCAAAAUUCAAAUUUUUCACAGGUUUAUGAAUUUCAAGAGAUUCUUCUCUCUUCAAAUUAUCAUCCAGAUAACGUAUAUUGCUAUUCUGUUGACAAUAAAACAACAACUGGAAUAUUUGAGAAAAUUGAGAAACUUUCUGGAUGUUUACCAAACAUUAUCCUAAAUCCUAUCAGAUAUGAUUUCGAUUCUUGGGGUCAUCAACAAAAUCGAGCGCAAUUCAAGUGUCUAGAAAUGGUGAUGGAUCGAAAAUGGGAUCAUGCUCUUAUUUUGCAGGUUUACCAUUUUAUAGAUUUUUUUUAGAUUAUCAAAAUUUUUUUCUUCAGAAUAAUGACAUGGUUUUGAAACCUGCUGAACAUUUAUCAGAGCUCAGCGAAUUGCUGAAUUAUACAAAUGGCAUGUACUUCGAGAGCCCAAAAGAAGGUUGGUAUAUUAAAGAUGCUGAUUGGACACCUGCUGGUUUGAAACUCUUUAAAAAUGGUAGUGAAAUUUUAUUCUCACCUGUUUCUUAAAUAGAAAAAAAUUCAGAAUCCGGUGUGCCGCUAGAUAUUUUAUAUAAACCACUUCAAAUUUGGAAAGGAUUCAAUGAAGUUAUAGUUUCUAGAACAUUUAUUGAAUCAAUAUUUGAUAAGUUAAAUUUGGAGAGAAUUAUGAAUUUAUUUGAUCGGAAAGAGGUAUUUUUAUUCGGUUUCAAUAGGGUAAAAUCUGAAUUUUUGAAGCUUUUUGGUGUUGAUGAGAUGUUGUUCCAAACUUUAUAUCGAAAUUAUCUUGGAUUAGAUGGGCAAUCAAUUUCGAAUUGCACUAACUUUGUUCCAAACACAAUUGAGAGAUGGACAGAUUGGAUACAACAAGGAACAAAUGGCACAUACCAUCCAGAUUGUAAAUCGAAAUUUGAAAGACAUUGGAUUUGUAUCAUGGGAGUGGAAUAUUUACCAGGAUUUAUUGAGACCAAUUUUGUGAUUGGAAACAAAAUUCUAGAUAGUUUUGAUGUGGGACCAGCGAUCUGUUUGAAAGAAAUGUUUCAGCAGGAUAGAAUUAAGAAAAAGAUAACGAGGGUGGAACUUCAGAAUUUUCCACAAUUUCGAGAGAUGGAAAUAAAAUACAAUGGAACUUAUGAGAAGAAUGAUUUUCGGUGUGGAGAAUAG